AUGGCGUCACCAGCGCGGGCGCCGCGCGCGGAGCUGGGCGACGCCGACGUGGGCGACGCCGAGGCGGGCGCGGAGGCUGGCGCGCCGUCGGCGCAGGCAGCCGCGGCCCCAGCGGGGCCACCCGCCUCCGGCGCCGGCGCUGGCGUGGAGGUCGCCGGCUUCGAGGGCUCGCUGCUGGAGGCGAUCGCCGACGGGGCCGUGGCGCAGCCGCCGCUGCUGGCCUUCGGCGCCUGGGUGCAGUGGCGCGCCGGCCCAGGUCGCCGGCUUCGCACGGCGCCCGCGAUCGCGGCCAGCGAGAGCGCGCUGUGGCGGAGCACCAUGGAGGCGCUGCACGGCCACGACUGGCAGGCGCGGCUGCGCCAGCAGGGCCCCGCGGCGGCGCGCAGCCCCGCGACGCCGGCGGCGGCGCAGCCGCCGGCGGCCGACGACGUCCUGCGGCUGCUGGACUCGCCGGCGCGGGCGUCCGACGCGGGCUCCGACGCCACUGGAGCCCUGUCGGACGGCAGCUGGGGGCCGCUCACGGACGACGAGGUCCUGGAGCGGCUGCUCAAGGACGUGGAGCUGCACGAGUCGAUGCGCGACUUCGAGCGGCGCCUGCUGCGCGCUAGGGCUGUGCUGACGCUGCGGCGGCAGGCGGUGCCCGAGGGCGCAGUCGAGUUCGGCAUGAGGAAGGCCCGCUUCCUGGUGGAGGCGCGGGCCCACGGCGAGGGCGUGGCGGCCGCGCUGGAGGCGAAGCUGCACGCCGUCCUGGACGUCGAGACGGACGACGCCGACGAGGACGUGCGGGCGCUGAUGGACCUCCUCGCGGUGGCGCGCGGCGGCGGCAGCGCUCGCGACGCCGUGGCCGGCGGGGCGCCGGCGCGGCCCCCGCGGGGCCACCCGCCUUCCCCGCGGGGCCACCCGCCCACCGGCGUCGGCGCGGCUCCCGCGGGGCCACCCGCCUUCCCCGCCUUUGGCGAGGACCUGCCGCCGGGGCUUCCCCCGCGGGGCGGGCCGAGCGAGGCGGGCCAGGCGGAGCCCAGCUUGGCGGCAGCGCUGCAGGGGCUCGCGGGGGCGCUCGGCCGGCGGGCCGACAAGAAGUCGUCGACGAUCCAGGUGAAGCCGCACUACAGUCUGCCGACCCUCGGCGACGGCGACUUCGACGUGGAGUCGUUCGUGGAGGUGUUCGAGGAGAUGGUCGGCCUGGCGAACGACGGUUCGGGCAUGUCGGCGACGGAGAUGGUGCGUGUGCUGGGGACCUGCCUGAAAGGCUCGCGUCAGCGGGCUGACAAGGUCGAGCUGAAGCAGGCUCGCCGGUCAGGCAGGCUGGCGGCGGAUCCCGACGAGGUGUACCAGAGCCUCAAGGAGAGGCUGAUGGAGUUCAAGGAGGGCCUGCUGGAGAAGCAGCAGCGGCUCAACGCUGAGUGGAGGACGCUCUCCCGAGGCAGGAUGAGCGCGCUGGAGUUUCAGGCGACGUUCGAGAACAUCGUGGCGGAGAUGGAGCUGGCUGGGAUGGGCAAGUCCGAUCGUGACUUGCUGCUCGGCUACUUGGCGCUCAUCCCUCCCGCGCACCGGGCAGAGGUGCUCAAGGAUCGCCGGGUGUAUCAGCGCUCUGGCGCCCAGCCCGAGGUCCGCGGCGUCGAGACCUGGAGGGAGGCCCAUCGCGUGCUGCUGAAGCUGGAGGAGGCCGAGAGCUCGGCCAAGGCGCUCGUCGCGGCGGUGGGCUCGGACUUCGCGCCCAGCCCGGGCGGCGGCGGUGGCCGGCGUCGGCGCGGCGGCGGUGGCGGCGAUCAGGAGCCGCCCGAGGUCGGCGCUGUUGGCGGCUCCGGCGGCGCCGGCGCUGAGGGAGCUGUGAAGGUCUGCUUCCAGAUGCGGGACAGCGGCACGUGUGCCCGUGGCGACGCCUGCAGGUUCUCGCACGACCGGGCUGCCAUCGCCGAGUCGCGGAGGACCAAGAAGGACGCGGCCGGGCCGAAGGGCAAGGGCGCGGACGGCAAGAAGGGCAAGGGCUCGGACGACGGCGGCAAGGGCGGCCUCAAGUCGCAGCUCUGCCUGCAGUUCCUCCGGGGUGCGUGCAGCAAGAGCGAGAAGGACUGCAAGUUCAGCCACUCGGGUAAGGCAGCUCAGAAGGUCAUUGCAGCGGUCUAUGCUGGCGCGGCCGCAGCUAAGGUGCAGGCUGCGGCGGGGGGCAAGCUCGAGUGGGUGCGACCUUGUGGCGGAGUCUUCGGCCCGAGCUACGACCUCCCGCAGGUGAGCGUCGUCAGGGGCUCGCCUUCGCCCGAAGGAGCUCUGAAGGACCUGGACCAGAUCCCCGCCAGCGCCUGGGCGCAGGCGCAGGAGCCCGACGACGGGUACCACUACUUGUGCCACACGCAUGUCUACGGCCUCAGCAUCAGGACGCUCCUUGAUGGCGGGGCCGUGUUCUCCCUGACGUGGGAGGCGACGAUCGUCAGCAUCAUCAACGGCGCGAUCGCGGAGGGCAAGUCUCCGGAGGACCCUGACUGGCCGAUCGCGGGCCUGAUGCACUGGGGCCGGGACUCGAAGGCCUCGUCGGUGGCGGACAAGGGCGACCUGAAGAUCCGUGGCAUGGUGGACCUGCGCCUGGCCUUCGAGGGGCUGGACGGCACGCGAGUGGUGCGCGUGUUUCGCCUUCGGCUUCUGCGCGGGGGUUGGGACAGGCCGUUUCUUAUCAUUCUUGGGGCCCCAGCGCUCGAUGCACCCCCUCUGGGGAUCGGGCACCGGCCUACGCUUCAGGGCCACUACCUACCGGGGCUGGGCAUCACGGUCAAGCGUGCAGAGGCCGACGCGGUGCAAGCGAAGCUGUUGACCAUCUCGGCGGUGUUCUCAGAGUGCGAUGCCGAUAGGCGUCGAGGUGAGGAUCGUCGGGCUUCCAGUGCUGUAGGAUCCCUGGCGUGGUCCGGCGCGGCUUGCCCGAGCUACCCCAUCUGCAUGGUCGGCGGCCAGUGCCCCGCGGAGUUCGGCGGCGGCGACACAGGCGUGAUCGUGCUCGACGACUCGGAGUCCGCCGUCCCCAUCUACCUGAGCGGCGAGGAGGGCGUGCGGCAGGAGCUCGGCGACUGCGCGCUGGUGCCAGCUCGCGCUAGCGGCCUCGCAGCGGGUGUCGUCGGCGACGUGGUGGCGAAUGGCGCGGCGGCCGUCUGGGCCGCCCCCGGCCCUUGGCUUGGCCGGGAGCAGCUCGUCCUGGUCGGCAACUGGGACCAGCCCGGCGUCAGCAUCGAGGUCGGCGACAUCGUGGGCGCCGUGAUUCAGACCGAUGGCGAGCCGGCCAGCGACGACCCGUCGGUGGCGCACGUGUGGCAGGAUUGGGACGAGCUUCGGGACAUCGUUGAGCUGGAGGUGCCGACGGACGAGUACUACGCCGAGCGGCUGGUCUACUGGCAGCGGAAGUACCCGAAGGCGGCCACGACCCUCCUCGAGCAUCUCCUGGCGGUCGAAGGCCUGCUGGACGUGUGCAUCGCGGCCGGGUACUCCAUGGGUGCCGAGAAGUCCCUCGACAGGCUGGCUCAGCCCUCCAUCGAGGCACUCGGCGAGAUCGUGGGCCGCGAGGGCAGCGAGGCGUGCGAGCGGCAUCUGGAGCUCAUCAAGAACUGGUCGGUGCUCGAGGACGUGGCGGCGCUGCGGAGGUUCCUUGGCACGUUCAACUGGAUCCGCGGCCACUUCCCCAAGGAGGAGCAGAAGCCGCUGGGGAUCCUCACGCAGCAGCUCAAGAAGGACGCCGAGUGGCCGAUGACCUCCGAGAAGGUUGCGGCCCAGCGCGCCAUCCAGCAGCUCGCGUGCGAGGCCAUCCGCCUCGCGGUGAUCGACAUGGUCGGGGCGAUCUCGAAGGACCGCCCGCUCGAGCAGGUCGCGGAUUUUUGCCCCUACGGUUGGGGCGGCAGCGUGUAUCAGCUGGCCGCCGACCGCCGCACGCUCAACGUGCUGGCGAUGUACGGCGGCUGCCUCAGCUUGGCGCAGAGCAACUGGCACCCCCGCAGGGGUGAGCUGUAUGCGCAGCGGGAGACCAGGCGGGAGGCACGUAAGGAUUUCGGUCGGCUGCCCACCCUGUGCUGGACGGACCACGCGGCAGCGGUGAAGGACGCUACGGGUGAGGCCGAGACGGACUCCACCGUCAUCCGCUGGGUUGGCGAGAUCGAGAGCGACGGCAGCAGGCUGAUGAAUCUCUCGGGGCGGAGCGCGGCCCUUGGUGAUGGCCCCUCCCGAGAGAACGAGGCCCACGGCAAGUUCCUGCGCGAGCAGGCUCACUCCCUGGCGAACAUCACGAUCGAGGACAUCAUCGGUGAUGACUACCGUCCGGGGGAGGGGGCCCCGUGGGGCCUGGACGAGACUCCCGACGCGGCCGCCUUGCAGCUGGUGGCCGUGGCCGGGGCGGAGCGCGAGAAGGGCGACUCCAUCGCGCUGUACCUGCCGGACUACGGGUGCGAGAGGCGGCGGAGCGCAGAGCAGGCGCGAGCAGCUCGUCAGCUGCAGCUGGCGGCGCCAGGCCUGCGGCUGCGCAUGAUCCCGCACGACCCUCCGCUGGCAGACGGUGCCGGCGGCCUGUACUACAUCGCGCCUCCUCGCUUCCCAGGUGAUGCGAGUGGUAAGGCGCGGAAGCAGCUUCGCAAUGACGGGCUGACCGCGGUGGCCGCCGUCUUGCGAGAGUGUGCCGCGCGGUGGCCCAAGGUCGUGAUCGGGACGGGCCACGGCGGGCUGGUGGCGGCUGCAGCGGCCCACCCCAGAGUGGUGGAGGCCGCUCUCGCGCUGCGGCACGCGAGAGAGGCGGAGGGCAUGCAGGUCGCGGAGGCGUGGGUGAACGUCAGGGCGUUCGUGGCGAUCGGGCCGCGCGCCCACAGCCCGAGCAGGAUCGGCUUUGUGCGAGAGGCGUUUCCGGAGUUCGGAGCGGCUGCCCACGGCGACGAGCGCCCGGCCCCCCUCUAUUUGGUGGAGGGCGCCGGGGCGCACCGCCGUUUCGGGCAGGACCUCGGCGAGGCGCUGGGCGUGAAGGUGUCGGCCGCGCUGGGCGAGGUCCUCAUGCAGGAGGUGGUCUCUGCCCCCCCGCGGAUGCUGGAGUUCAGCGGGGGGCGCUGCGCGCGCGGGCGGAGUUCGCUGGUGCUGGCGCGGUGCGGCCAGUGCAUCAGGGCCGACCGCGAGCUCGAGGAGGAGGCGCGGCUGGCUGAGGCGCCGGAGGAGGCGUUCGGGGAGCCCGACGUGGUCGACGAGGCGGCCUCGGCGGCGCGCAUGCGCGCGGUCCGCCCGCAGCCGGCAGUCGCCGUCGGGCCUGGCCCCAGCAUCGCCGUGUCGGCGGAGCUCGUGCGGGACCUCCUGGAGUUUGGCGGCGGCCGGGCGGAUUUCACGUGCAACUGCAUCCGGGUCCGCCGAGCGCCGGCUGCGGGCGUCGUGGCCUUGGAGGCGGGCUUGCCGAAGGGCGCCGAGCUGGUCCAGCUCUUCGCCUGCGCCGGGCUGCUGUGGGAGGGCGGUGCGCGCCUCCCCGCGCUGGGCGCUACUCACGUGCAUCGGCACUGCAGGGGGUCGGCCAUCUGCAACGGUGCGGUCGUCAAGGUGUCCUCCUACUCCUCCGCCUACUCCGAGGUCUUCGCGGAAGCCCUGGGGUUAUCGUGGUACCGGGCCCUCCGCGAUCGCUUCGGCGGGCGGGCAUCAGGAGCCUUCGUCGAGUUCGCGGACUCCGACUUCGCGCGCGGCGAGCGGGAGGCCUUCGAGGUGCCGGACGUCCUCGGGGCGAUCACCGGCAUGCGGGCGCCGACGUCUGAGCAGGUGUGCUCCGUCGGGCGCGUGGCAUGUGCCCCGGAGCGCGGCACUGCAGCCUUCGACGCGGAGGUGGCGGACGGGCGCAAGCUGGAGGACGCCGACAUCGCCAUCAGGGAGGAGUACGCCGCGAAGGUGCGGGGCUGUGAGCCUGAGGCGGGGAGCGAGCCGUUCGAGCUGUCCAAGUCGCUCCGUGCCCACAUCAUCGGGGACCAGUGGAAGGACGAGGAGUGCGGGGCCACCUGCAUGCAGCUCCGCGCCGAGCCUGGCGCCGGCGACACCCCCGAGGCGCAGCGCCUCGGGGAGGACUUCGCGCUCGAGCAGUUCGUGACGGUGGGCCCAGGGGAGCAGCGCUGGCUGCUAGUUCUCCCUGCGUCUGGCGGACCGGGCUCGGGUAUAUCGUGGAGGCGUUUCAUCUUCCUCCACGUUCACGCUGGCCCGUCGGGGGGCCACAAGACGGUGGUCGCCACUCGUGAGUGCGCCCGGCGGCUGGUGGUUUGGCCGGGGCUCGCGGCGGACAUCGAGAAGUGGUGUGCUAGCUGCUGGGCCUGCCUCCGAUUCAGGAAGCAAACUACGAAGGUGCAGGCCAGCUUCAUCGUGGCACGGCACCGGCUUCCUUUUCAUCAUGUGGUCAUCGACGUGGAGGGCCGCAUCGCCCCCCCCGACGUCGACGGGUACGCGUACGUGCUGACCUACAUCUGCGUGACGACGGGAGCGCCCCUGCUCGAGCCGCUCAAGCACCUGCAGCACUCCGAGGUCCGGCGUGCCUUCUUUCGAUGCGCGACUCGGGCCAAGACCUGGCCGAUGCUUGUGAGCUCGGAUCGGGGCAAGGAGUUCUGCAACGCUCUCAUGGAAGAGCUCUGGGCGCUCCUCAACUUCGCGGGCCGCUUCGGCACGUCGUGGAGGCCCUGUGAGCAGGCGGACGCGGAGCGGUCCCACAUCGAGUGCGCGAGGUGGGCCGAGCUGCUGCCGAUCGUCGAGUUCGCGUUGUGGAACUCGCCCGGCAAGUCGGCGCUGUCGCCGAGGGACCUCUGCAUGGGUUGGUCGCUGGCUUCGCCGCUGGAGAGGGAGCUGCUGCCGCUGGAGCCCGCCGUUCGUGAGGCGGUCUCCGACGUCGCGGCAGCGCAGUUCGAGCAGUUCAGGCGUUUGCGGGAGGUGUAUCUUCAGCAUCGGGCUCGAGCCGGCCGACGCAGGGCGGAGCUGGCCAAUCGCGCGAGAUCGUCGAGACGCCCGGAGGUCGGGGACAUGGUUUUGUUCAAGGACCCGAAGCUCUCCAAGGCCGUGGCCGGGCACGCUCCAGGCCGCCGGCCUCUGCGUGGCCCCUUCGAGGUCCUCUCCACGAAGGGCAACGUGGCCACGUUGCGGGACCCCGAGACCCAGCAGGUGCUCAAGGACGUCCACGGGGAUUUCUUGGUCGGCGUCCCGGGCUUGGUUGACGACACGGAGCGCAUCGUGAAGUUGGAGGAGGACGACGGCCGUGGCAGGGCCUCUGCCGGACAGCUUCUGGCAGCGCGGCUGGCCCCUGGAGGCGGCGAGGCCGCCGAGGCGCUGGCGCCGCGCGUGAAGGCGCGGAUGCGAGAGGUGAAGGUCGGGCGGCUUGUCGCCUACCAGGGCGAGGAGGCGAAGCGCUGCAGGGUGGGCAAGGUGCUGAGCCUGGCCGAGGACCUGAGCAGCGUGACGGUGCACGUGUACCAGGCGGCGGUCGACGGACGGCUGCAGGUGGUCUGGACAGCGGCGUGCGACCGCCAGGAGGGCGCGGACUUCCAGCGGCAGAGAGUCGAGACACUGGAGGCGAAGCGGGUGCUGGGUGUCGUGGAGCUCAACAAGGGCGUGCUGAACCACUCGGCAGCGAGCAGGCUGGCGCGGGCCGGCUGGCGGCUGGACGAGGGGACCGUGCGUCACGGCGCCUUGGCGGCGGCGGCAGUAACGCCGGCCGCGCCACGGCUCUCCGACCUCCCCUCGAGCCGCGUCAUCGCGCUCGUCGCAGCUUGCCGCCCGCUCGAGGAGCUCGACCUGAAGAUCGGCGAGGUCCAGGCGUGGGCGCACGGCGCUCCCCUCUUCGUGGAGAUCUUCGACGGGGUCGGGAGGCUCUCGCAGGCGGUCCGGAGCUUAGGCGCGGCCAACGCGGUGUGCAGCGUGGUGGCCGGCAUCGACCUCAAGCGCAGGACGUACGGGCAGUACUGGGACCUCAGCAGGGCUAAGGACCGUGCCCGGCUGCGCUACCUGCUCUUCGAGGUGCUGAGGCCGGCAGGAGCCCACUGGGCGCUCCCUUGUGCUAAGUGGAGCAGCCUCGGGGGCCACCAGCCCGACGCCAACGCGCACGCGCUAGCCUCCUUCACCAUGGACGGCCUCGAGCACUUCGACGGCGCGGGCUGCCUGGCCUCCUUCGAGGGCCCGCGAGCGCACGCGCUGGUGGCGAGCGUGGAGUGGCAGCAACGGUUCGGGUCAGCCGAGGCGCCGCGCGGGCGCUGGCGUUACGUGCUCCCCGACGGCUGCAUGUUCCACUGCAGGAGCCCGGAUGAGGAGCCCCUGGCCAUGCAGAAGCCGUACGUCAUCGUGGGCAACUUCCCGCUGGACUUGCUGGACGUCCAGCGCCGCCGUGGAGCGCUGCGGCCGCUAGGGCGCGGCCUCGAAGGCGUCGAGGUCGCCUCCGCGGAGCUGGGCAGCGUCGCCGGGAGCUCCAUGAUCGGGGCCGCGCGGGCGCUGGAGGGGCCCCGCAUGCCCUGCGAGCCGGGACGCGCGGCCGCUCCGGCUGCUGGGGUGACGAGGUCGGUGGACAAGCUGAGCGACGCCGAGAUGGCGGAAAAGAAGGCACGGCGGGAGCCGGCGGCGGCGGCGGCGAAGAAGAAGUGGGCCGAGCUGGCCAAGAAGGGUGACUGGGACCAGGUGCGGAUGCCCGGCAAGUGCUUCAGGUUUGCCGAGGUGAAGGUUUCGCCGAGGCGCUCUGCGGAGUACAAGGCCAAGGUUCUGGAGGCGGUCGGGCUCGUCGGCGAGUGCGCGGGCUACAAGCACCUGGGCAGCCAGGAGCUGGAGGCGCUGAAGGAGAUGAUCAGCCUGAAGGCCGAGGCGUUCUGGGUGAAGGGCACCGCGCGAACGGUCAUGCGCGGCUUCAAGCACGACGUGGUGACGACCGGCUUGCCUGUGCGUGGCCGCGAUCCGCCUGAGGGCCCCGAGGUGCUGCAGCUGGGGCCAGCGACGGGGCCCUUCGACUUCCAGUUCUGCACCGACGAGCUGUUCACUGGGACCGGCCGCGGACGCUACGGAUCGGUCUGGAAGAAUUACAUCGACGACUUCUGGGUCAGGACGGGGCAGUGGCUGAACGGUCGCGCCUACACCGACCGAGAGCACGAGGAGAUGCUGGCAGCGGCAUCCCCCCCCCCGGCUGCCUCUCGCCCGCUGGGCGACUCGCUGGCAGCAGCCGGGUUCGCGGGGACUCGCAAGGCCAGCCAGAGCUACGACCACGCCAAGGGCGUGCUCGUGGGGCUGUGCGUGGCGCAGUCGGCCACGGGAGCGGCGGCCAUGGACGGCGGCGGGGUUGCCUUGGCGAACGGCCUCCGCAUGCUGGUGGUGGCUGCCGCGGUGCGCACGGCAUCCUUGAUGGAUGAAUGGCUGCGCGCGGGCGUGCAGCUGACGCAGGACAUUUUCGAGGCGGCCGGCGACCUGGUCCAGAGCGUCUCCUGGAACCUCAGCGGCCUCAUCCACGAGGUGUGCGAGGGUGCGGUCCUGGUGGUGCGCGUCCUGGUCGUCGUGCAGUGCUGCUACGCUCUCUACUGCCUGCGCUCGUGGGUGGCUUGCCGUUCGCAGCGGGCGGCGCUGGAGCGGGCCGCCACCGCCGGCGAGGCAGCUCAGCGCGGACCCACGUCCAGCGCGCGAGCCUGCGAGGCCGGCGACGGGCCCGCCUUCGGCCGCGAGCCGAUGGCCAGGGCGGCAGCCGCUGGGAGGAGCCCGGGCGGGGCCCUCUCAUCAGCAGAUGGCGCCGCCAGCCCUGUGGUGGCGCUGUGGCGCGAGGCGGAGUUCGAGACGCCCCUGCUCGGAGCGGCGGCACGCCCCCGAGCGGAGGUCCUCCAGAUCCAGCGGAGCGCGGCGGUGGCGCUGCGGGACCUGGAGCACUCGGACCGCCAGCGCGCCGCGCGCGCGCGCGACCUGGCCGCUUGCGGUGCGGUGGUGUCCGCAAAGCUGGUGGAGGCUGCGCGCAGCUCAGCAGUGAAGGACGCGGGCGACCUGUGCGAGUUCGAGGUUGAGGUGGCCGGCAGCCGCGGCGUGCGGUACGAUGUGCGGCUUCGCGCUGGACGCUUGGCCGCGGCGUUGCUCCCCGCAUCGUGCACCUGUGCGGACUUCGUCGGCGGCGCCGGCAGCCCCUGCAAGCACAUCGGGGCGGCCUGGUGCUGCGCGGUGGACGGCAACUUCAGCGAGCUGGUGGAGCUGGCGCUCGCGGCUGGCCGCAAGGAGGGAGCUGCCGCUGGGCCUCAGCGACGCGCGGCCCUGGCGCCGAGCGACUCCCUUGGCCUCGCGGGGGCCGUGCGGGAGCUCCGCGACUCGGAGGCCGAGGUCGUGCGCCUGCGCGAGGAGGUCCAGCAGCUGAAGGCGCAGCUGGGGGCGACCUCCAGGCGCGGAGCCGUGACCGAGUUUCUCUCGGCGUCGGAGACGCUGGCGGCUUGGGCGCGGGCUUGCGGUGAGGCCGAGAGCUAUGUGUAUGUGGCGUGCUUCACCUUCGACCAGCCGGGCGUGGUGAACUACCUGGAGGCGGCUCGAGCUCGAGGCCUCACAGCCCGUCUGGUGUUCAGCGGCCGUGACAAGGCCUUGACCAACAACCAGGGGCCGCGCCUGCAGCGGCUCCGAGCCUGCGGGUGCGAGGUGCGCGCUCACAAGGGCUCGCGGCUGCACGCCAAGGUGAUGAUGACAGAGCGCGAGAUCGUGCUGGGCAGCUGCAACUUCACGACUGCCAGCCUGGGCAACGUGGAACGCGGGGCCAGCCUGCAGGAGCUAUCCGAGGAGACGGUGCUCGAGCAGAAGGAGUGGUUCGAGCAGCUGUUCGAGGCGGCGGCGCCCUUCAAGGACGGGAUCGGCGAGGUAGUUCCUCCGUCGCCGGCCCG